AUGGGUUCGAUAGGAGCUUCCGGCCCCGUUCUAACCCAGCUGCUCGACGAUCAAGCAUACCAAACACCAGAUCAGAUAUAUUGUAUUCAUCCCGUUUCACAAGACUCUGAUCAUGGAUGGCAUCGCAUCUCUAUCAAGCAGAUGAGCGAGGCAGUUGACCGCUUGUCUUGGUGGAUCCAAGAAAAGAUUCCUGCAGGAGAGCCGCAGCUGCUUGCCUACAUCGGCACCAAUGAUUUGCGAUAUGGUGCUUUCAUCUUGGCUUGUAUGAAGACUGGCCACGCGGCCUUGUUGCUUUCCACGCGAAACUCUCUACUCGCCAAUCAGCAUUUACUGCGCAGCACCAACUGUUCUGUGCUCGUCGAUGGAUCUGAGAGAAAGACUCUUCGUAACCUCGUCAAUGAAUUAGAAGGCUCUUGUCCUGAGGUGGAGAGAUGGCACAUCGGCCCAAUUUGGGAUGUGUUCUCCUCCGAGUCAGUGAAGCCAUAUGUUCAGAAUGAGAGCUAUGAGAUACUCGAAAACAGAACGGCUGUGGUCAUUCACAGCUCGGGCACCACCGGACUUCCCAAACCAGUCCGGCUUACUCAUGGAUAUCUAGCGACAUUGUUCUACAUGCAGACACUACCUCUUCCCGAGGCGCGUGAGACCACACAGCUCUUCAUCCGUCAAAAAGGGCAGCUGCGAAUAAUGACUGGACCCCUUUUCCAUUUUAUCGGUCUCGUAUGCAUAUCAGAAUGCAUUUUCUAUCGCACCCCGUUCUUGCUAGCACCGGAUCGGCCUUUGACCGUGGACCUCUUCUCUCAAAUCAUGUCCCUCGACACACCACCUAAAUGGGGACUGAUUUCACCCUUUGUUUUGGAAGAACUAUCUGCUUCGGAGAAAGGCAGAAAGGCAUUGUCAAAAUUAACUGCACUGAACUUCGGAGGAGCUCCGCUUUCACAAACUGCUGGUGAUACUAUUUCCAAAUUGGUCCCACUCCAACCUUUAUAUGGAAGUAGUGAGGCAGCCUAUACUGCGAACUUGCAAUGUCAAGACCCAGCAGACUGGAAUUAUCUCGAGUGGAAUCCCGCAGUUGGAACGCGAAUGGAUGAUGUAGGCGAUGGGCUGUGCGAGCUGGUUCUCCCCCGAGGGGAAACGCGCCGCUUCAAGGGCAUAUUCCACACAGAGCCUCACUUGACGGAGUUCCGCACGGGUGACCUUUUCCGAGAGCAUCCAACUAAACCCGGACUAUGGAAGUACCAGGGUCGCGGAGAUGAUAUCAUUGUGCUGAAUAAUGGGGAGAAGUUCAAUCCUACCGAUGCUGAGAAGUCGAUUGAGUCUCACCCUCUCGUGAAUCAUGCGGCAAUCCUCGGCCAGGAUCGCUUUCAGGCAGCCUUGCUGAUUGAGCCUCAUUGGCAUGAUUUGCCUAAAGAUUGGAAUCUCGAAUGGUUGCAUCGAACUUUGCGGCCGAUGGUUGACCAAGCGAAUGCUAUUCUACCUGGUCACGGGAAGCUGUUCUACAGCCAUGUUACCUUUGCAACAGAGGAUAAGCCGUUUGCGCUAUCACCCAAGGGAACUAUGCGUCGUCGAGAGAUUGUGAAGAUGUAUCAAUCUCUUAUCGACGCUUUGUAUACAGCUCAUUCUGGAGCACCGCCGUCUGGAGCACCGCAGCCUGUGGCACAACUACCAACACCUCAAGGAUUUGGUCUGGGGGGAAUAGAGCAAUGGAUCCGGGAUAUCAUUGCACACAUUCUCUCGUUGGAGAACGUUGAUCUUGACGACGGGAUCGUCGCCUUGGGAAUGGAUUCCCUUCAGCUGGUUCGUUUGGUACAAGUCCUCCAAGACACGACGAACGGAAUGGAAGGGUUGAUGCACCGCCGAAUAUGGACAAGUGCAUUCAUCUAUCAGCUUGAAACAUCGCGUAAAAUCGCACAAUCGUUCUGUGACCAAGUCAACAAGACCACAUCCGAUGAAGAGUCCAAUAAAAACGCCUUGACACGAGAGGAUGUGCUCAAGAAGUACACAUGGGAGCAAGCACGGUAUCUAGACAGCGGAGGCGCGCAAGUCAUCUUAACCGGGUCGACCGGCGAGCUUGGAAGCUUCAUGUUAAAUAAGCUGCUGCAGGACCCUUCAAUUACACGAAUUGUUUGUCUCAACCGCUCAGCCGAUGCCGCCGAACGCCAAAUCCAGACAUUCCGACAGAAGAAGCUAUCCAGCUUCUGGCUCACGGAGACUCCGCGUGUGGAAUUCAAACAAAGCCAUCUCCAUGAUCCGUAUCUUGGACUUGACCCAGAUGAAUACAAGGCCUUGCAACAGGACAUCUCAAUCAUUAUUCACAAUGCAUGGCCGGUGAACUUUAAUCAGAGCCUCGCAAGCUUUGAACCGCAUCUUGCUGGAGUUCGAAGGCUUCUAAAUUUUGCAGCGCAGUCGGCUCGCGAACCCGAGUUCCAUUUUAUAUCCUCGGUCUCAACGGUCACAGGUCAAUCACUCAGUUUGGGCGAUCGGAUGCUCGAGAAACGCCAGGAUGUCUCUUGUGUGCUCCCACAGGGGUAUGGCGAGUCCAAGUACAUUGCGGAGCGUCUUUGUGAGAUUUCGAGUAAGCGGAUAGGAGCCAAGAUUGCUAUACAUCGAGUUGGACAACUUGGGGGCCCGUCUAAUUCCGCUGCUGGAAUGUGGAAUACGCGAGACUGGUUCCCGUCCUUGGUCAAGUCUUCGUUGACUAUGCAGAUGUUGCCGGAUAACCUUGGACCGAUGCCGGUAGACUGGCUUGCCAUUGAUACUGCUGCCAACAUUAUUUCAGAAAUAAUCGACACUCGAAGAGCGCAUCAACCUCCACCACUGACCGUGUACCAUAUCACCAAUCCAAAUGCCGUGGCUUGGAAGGAGAUUGCUCCUUUAUUCGCCAAAGCGUGCAAGACUGAAAUGGUGACUUUGGAUGUAUGGGUGAAUAAGGUCAAAGAGCGUGCAUUUGGGUCUGAGCCCAAUGGAAACGAUGUGCAGGAUCUACCUGCGACACAGCUGCUGGAUUUCUUCGCCAUGUUGCUUGAUGGAGCUGGCCAGGCUCAGCCUUGCAUCGACACCAGUAAUGCGAGAAAAGACUCAGCAACACUGAGCGAGCUGGGACCAGUUGAUUCAAGGAUGGUGAACAUUUGGUUGAAUCAGUGGAAAGAUUGGCUGCCGGGGCUGGAUGCUGGGGCGUUGGAUGGGUCGACGUAA